AAGUUUCGCUUCGACGAGCUGUGCGGGAUGCCGUUGAGCGCGGCGGACUAUCUGGAGAUCGUGAAGAACUUCAAGACGAUAUUCAUUCUGGACGUGCCAAAGAUGGGUAUGAGCCAGAAGGACAAGGCGAGGAGGUUCAUCACCUUCAUUGAUGCUUGUUACGAGAGCAAGGCCAAGAUUUUCGUUACUUCCGAGGUACCAAUCGCUCAAAUAUUCACGGAAGACGCGAACGAUGCUAGCGGAGCUGUGUCGGACCAGAUGCGGCAGAUGAUGGAUGAUCUCGGUUUGCCAGGCGACAUGGUCAUCUCAAGCUCGAUCUUCAGCGGAGACGAGGAGCUGUUUGCCUUCGCGCGGUGUUGCUCUCGGCUUGUGCAGAUGGGCAGCAAGGAGUGGGCGGAGACGGCGGGUGCAUCAUAG